CGCGCGCGGCCCCUCAUCGCCGGCUGGUUCAUUGACUCGCAGAACCCGUCACGUAGUCUAUGACUCUAUGUAGUAGAUGUACCUUCGUACAUAGCUACAUACACUAUGAAAAUUGAAAGUCGUCAACGUCGUCCUGUCAAAACCGGACUCGCGGGCUGUCCACUGGGCGUGGGAGGCGGUUGGAAACGUAGGGAAAACGUUUCUCGCGCGGCAUCUGAUGUUCCACCACGACGCCAUCAUCCUUCAGCUCAUGAAGAGGGACGACAUGCUGCACAUGCUCUCCAAGAGCAUCACCACGAAGACGCGCGUCAUCGUUUUCGAUUUAGUUCGCGCCGCCGAAUACGGCGAGGUCACCGUCGUGUACGAAAUCAUCGAGAUUAUCAAGAAUCAAUUGCUGUGCUCCGGGAAGUAUGACUCCACGUCGAGGGCCUUCCACAAAAUGCACGUGAUCGUCUUUGCCAACUUUGCCCCGGACACCACGAUGUUGUCUGCGGAUCGUCGGCACGUUAACGAGAUCGGUUCCGUCGCCGCGUCAUCGCCACCGGUCAUGCCUUCGCCACCGCCAGAUGAUGCACGUGCGUCUUCUCCGCCACCGCGAGCUGCGUUACCGCCCCUGGACCCUUCGACGCCAUCGCGUCCGGCGAGUGGUCGCCGUCGUCGUGCAUGACGGCCGCGGCGUUCACGUGAAUGGCUAUACAGGUGGUCGCGCACGGGUCGUAAAUUUGAUUUAAUAUCAUUUCACCACUGUAAAUG